AUAUGUAUACGGUGCAGUGGUUUUCGCAAAUACAGUGGGUAUACGGUCCCACUCGCUCAUUUUAAUAUUAUAGAUAGGGACAGGUUGCGUCGUCCUCCUUCCUUCCCUCUGCUCCCCGAGAUAUCUCGAAUCCGGCCGCUUGCCCCACAGCUCAUCUCCCCAUAAUCAAAUCCAUGGCUGUACCGACCCGGGCUCCGGAAGGGGGCACCGCGGCGUUGCCGUCGCGCAAGGUCUGGAGGCCCAAUCCACGCUCAUGCUCUCCGGAUGCUGCCGCUGAGUCCAACGGUGAGGCCUCCGAUGUCGACCCCACCUCCGGCGACGGUGCUGACUCUGCCGCCGAAGGCAACGCAUCGCCGCUCAUGCCCCCACGCCAGUCGCGCGGGGAGGCCACCGCCAUCAAGCUCCUCAGCUCGCAUCCCAUGGACCCGCCAAAGAUGGAUUCGAGGUUUCCUGUGGAUUUCGGAAGAGGGCACAAGAAAAGGUGCAGAGGGAUGGCGAUGACGACUACGCGGCAGCCAGAUCUCACGGAUUGAGAGUUGAAUCUUGCUUAGAGAGGCGGUUGCUGCUGGAUCUGGCAUCCAAGUGCUCCACGUGUUCAGGCUGCACUGAAGCUCGAGCUCCUGCCUCUGGCUGCACCGGCUGCAGUGCUUCCUUGGUGGAGCAUCACUCAUUUCUUGGGCAUUGCCUCAACAAGCAGUAACCGGUGGAGGGCGAUGCUGGGCUUGACAGCACUAAGCUGGCAGCUAAUAUGUGAACCUCAUUUAUGAUUCUUGGGUGUCCUUUUGUUGCAAGGAAAAAAUAUAACUUUCUGCACUAAAUAGCUUGCUUCAUUAUCUAUAGAAUAGUUGGAUUUAUUCUUGUUUGAGAAAAUGGUGUGCAUAAUCUUGAGGUGACCAAAUUUCGAGAUUUUUUAUUUUAUUAAACACGUGCUGCCUUCAAUUUUGACGUU